GCCCGGCCGAGAUGCGCCGCACGUUCGUCCCCGGCUUAAAUUAGGCGGGGCCGCCGCCGCCCUCCGCUCCUUUUUUUAGUUUUCCCUCGGGCCGGCCGUGUCCAUCGCCCCGCUCGCCUAAUUCAACCCCCCUCUCCUCGGCCGUCGUGCGCGACAUGCUCUCUCCUCCUCCAUCCCGCCCCGCCCACCGCUGCUCCCUUGCGUGAGCUGCCGCCCGCCGUCGCCGUGGGAUCGAUCGGUACGAAUCGGUCCAGAGCGCGGUGCAGCGAGCGGCCGGGAGCGAGGGGGUCGUCGUCGCGUCGCCGUCGGCCGUACGUCCGUCGUGCGUUCUUGGCCUAGCUUUGGUCGUCCGCGCGCGCGGCGGCGGCGUCAUCAGGUGUGGGAGCGGAGCCGGAGCCAGGGUGGCGCCUCGUGAGGCGGCGCGGCGGUGUAAGACCGCCGAGUGCCGCGCGCCCAGGCCUUGCGCGCCAAGCUCGAGGCGGUGAGCUGGGUGAUGGUGCGCUUCCUCCGGCGCGGACACAGCCUUGACAAGACCGGAUCGCACAACAGCAGCAACCAGCAGCAGCGAGAGCGCCACCUCGACAGGAGCGGCAGCGACACGGGCGAGAUGCACGAGUCCCUUGGCAAUGGCGCCGGCGGCACACCGCCGCUUCCCAACGGCCGGGCUGCGGCGGCCGGCGCGGCGCGGACGCGCCUGGGCCGCGACGGCCCACCCUCAGAGCUGGACACCAUGAAGGAGAAGUUCGCCAAGCUCCUGCUGGGCGAGGACAUGUCCGGCACCGGCAAGGGCGUGGCGUCCGCGCUGGCGCUGUCCAACGCCGUCACCAACCUGGCGGCGUCCGUCUUCGGCGAGCACCGCAAGCUGGAGCCCAUGGCGCCCGACACCAAGGAGCGCUGGAAGAGGGAGGUGGGAUGGCUGCUCUCCGUCACCGACCACAUCGUCGAGUUCGUGCCCACGCGCCAGACCGCCGAGAACGGGACAACAAUGGAGAUCAUGUCCACGGCGCAGCGGCGCGACCUCGCCAUGAACAUCCCCGCGCUGCGGAAGCUCGACGCCAUGCUCAUCGGCUACAUGGACAACUUCGUUGACCAGACCGAGUUCUGGUACGAGAAGGGCGGUGACAACAAGCGCGACGACGACAAGUGGUGGAUGCCGACGGUGAAGGUGCCGUCGGAGGGGCUGUCGGACGUGACCCGCAAGUGGCUGCAGUACCAGAAGGAGUGCGUCAACCAGGUGCUCAAGGCGGCCAUGGCCAUCAACGCGCAGGUGCUCGUGGAGAUGGAGAUCCCGGAGAUCUACAUCGAGUCGCUGCCAAAGAAAGGGAAGACGAGCCUUGGCGACGCAAUCUACCGCAGCAUCACCGAGGACACGUUCGACCCUCUGGAGUUCUUGGCCGGCAUGGACCUCUCCACGGAGCACAAGGUGCUGGACCUCAAGAACCGCAUCGAGGCCUCCACCGUGAUCUGGAAGCGCAAGAUGCAGACCAAGGACUCCAAGUCCUCGUGGAGCUCCAUCGUCAGCUUCGAGAAGCGCGAGCAGUUCGAGGAGCGCGCCGAGACCAUCCUCCACCUGCUCAAGAUCCAGUUCCCGGGGACGCCGCAGUCGCAGCUCGACAUCUCCAAGAUCCAGUACAACAGGGACGUGGGUUACGCCCUGCUGGAGAGCUACUCGCGCGUGCUGGAGAGCCUGGCGUACAGCGUCAUGUCGCGGAUCGAGGACGUGCUGAGCGCGGACGCGGCGGCGCAGAACCUGACGGCGACGGAGGCGGCGCGGCGGAUGAUGGAGUCGGCGGAGCUGCCCGCGGCGCGGAAGCUGGACGCCAAGGAGGAGCUGGAGAAGCUGAACGAGGCGCCGGCGUCGAUGACGCUCUUCGACUUCAUGGGCUGGCACUUCGACCAGGACGAGCUGAUGAAGCGCAGGGAGGACGGAACGCUGGACGCCGACGGCGAGGCCAUGCUCCUCAAGAAGGCGCCAAGCAUGGCGCCCAAGAAGUUCUCCUACGUCGACAGCCUCGCCGCCGGCGGCAUGAGGAGCCCCUCGGCGCGCCACUGAUAAUAAUAUAUAUAUAUAUAUAUAUGAUCGUCGUCGAUCGUCGCGCCGCCGCGUGCAGCCGCCAUUGACCGGCCGCCGAUCGACGUGCUAGCAGCAGCAGCUCAGUCAUCUACACCAUGGAUUGAUCGUCGAUGGUUCAGAGGAGAAGAAGCGACGACAAUGGAGAGGAGACGGCGGACGGCUCCUCUCCCAUCCGAUUCUUGCUUACGUGUACAUAGCUGAGGCGCAGCACGUACGUACCCAUUGUUUAGUGAUGUUCUCGAUCUCUUACUGAUUCCUUGCCUCUACGUUCUAGAACAUUCUAGAUGAGGGGAAGAAGAGGGCCGGGUGAUUUCAUCCACCUACUACGCAUUCGCAUUCAAGGGUUACCGCUGUGCGUAGCUACUUGCUUAAUUUCUCAACUAGUACUACGUAUUUUGGUUGGACAUACAUGGCUGAUGGAUCUCAAGAGCGGUUCUCCAGAAGAGGAGACACUUUGAGCUCUGGAGUAUAUAUGUAUCAAACUUUGCAGAGAAAAGAAAAACAAACGUGUAUUCUUUGAUUCGUUUCAAGCUAAUCAUUUUUCUGGACU